GGCAACAUUAUUUCUACCCGAAAUGUGGACAAGCCCUGGAACAAGCUUUACAGUGUUUUUAUUUCUAAAAACAGAAGUUGAUUGUGUAUUUAUGCUGUAAAUUUGUUCGUAAUUGCCACCAGUGUAAACGUUGGUUAAAGUAAACAAAUAUUAAUAUAAACAUUCUAUCACAUAAUGUAAAUAUAGAUCGAAGGCAUUUGCCGAUAUACUUUCGGUUUCAUACUCUACCACCAAAGAUUCAUCUUCUAAUCUUCUAAAUCUUCCUCAAGAAGUGGAACUCCACAGCGAGUGCAAUAUGUGAUGCUGACACUCACAAGCACGUUGUUCAAAUACUUAAUUGAGCAGAGUAAGGAGACAGUAUGUUCAAUUUGUUUGGACGUAAUAAAGACUCUUCAAAGAAGUCGUCGUCAGAGGCGGAAACAGAUGGGUUCGUGAUAAUAGGUAGUCCAAAAGUCUCUCCAGGAGAUGUGGCGGAGGAACAGCGGCAGAGGAAUCAGAACGCAAACGUCGGCAAGCCCUCAUGUAACGUCAUCGUUCAGCCAUCAAAGUCCUCCAGUGCUGUGCCUCAUCAGCUCCACACUUCUUUGGCUCCAGCUCCGCCUUCCAUGAUCAACCAAUCGCCAGGGCCUGCGUGGAAGCCCCCUGCGCCUGUCGCGGAGGACCCCCCAUCUUUCCCAGAGCUAUUAGGAGACGUCCCGUUCACCCUGGCCCCCCAUGUCCUUGCCAUGCAGACAGGGGGUCCCGGGUUCCCCCACUUCUCAGAGAUGCUGAUGUCCAGCCGAGACAUCAACCACAACCUGGCCUCUUUCAGCUACGAUUUCACCCUGGAGAACUCUGUGCUCUGUGAUCAUUGACCUGUGGAUGAUCUACUUCCUGAUUGUUUGAGCUUAACCUGUCAACCUCUCCUUAACAAGCCAAUAUCAGUCCUGGGCUAUGUUCAUUGGGCAUCAAAUGGAAGAAGACAUUAAAACAGGACAUGUGUACUAAGACACGCUUUAGCUUUCUGUUGCCUAGAGUUGAGCUACAUGUGCCCUAAUGAACACGACCUUGGACUGCCUUGGCUCGUUACUAUUCAGGUUCAGUUUCAUGGGGCUCUGUCCGAUAAUGAAUGUUAGCUAAAAUGUAGUUAAUGAUCAACGUGGUUGUGGUGUUGAUCAGCAUAGGAAAAAAGGUGUCAGUGGGGUGGGGUCAAAACCACCUGGCAAAAGUGCUGUAUUUGUCAAUGCUGUAGAUGGGUAUGCAGAGUCAUUGUGGACUGUGAAUGCUAGUUAUGUGAAGUUAAUCACUUGCUGAAGAAUGUUACAGUAGUUCUGGUUCACCGUUUUAAGAAUUUGCUAGUUUGUGCAUAUCACCAGUGCUGUUUGCAUGUCAGAGUAUCUAGACAUGCUUCAUAGUUGCUGGGGUGUUUAUUGAAGAAUUUGGGGUCUGGAGGUUCAACUGUUUUUGCUGUUAGUUUAUGGGUCACUGAUUGACCUUUGGGUUUGCAGUGAGGUACUGUACAUAUGAGACUGAAACAGUUUUAUAACCUUUUAAAGAAAUGUCUAUUAUUUAUCUGGUAAGAUUUUUACCCCACUGUUCCCACAUUUGGAAAGUAAGAAAUGUUUAACAUUUUAAAAGAUAUUUUGUCAUUUUGACAUAUUUAAAAGAAUGGAGAGACAGACUAGGGGGAAUGUGGGUCGGGUUUAAGAUUGAACCCCGGUUUCCAGGAUUGUUUAAAUCACCAUAUCCUUGGAAGAUACAGAAGUCUUUGCCAAGAUGUGCAAAAAUCUUUUCUAUAGAAGAACUGUGUAGCUUUUUGUUAAUAUAUGUUUUAAAAAAAAUGAAAAUAUGUGCCCUAUUUUGCGGGAUUGUAUUCUGACCCUAAUGUGGCCUUCCUAUUUUGAUCUUUAGUGUCUAGUACUGCAUUGAACACUGGUGAACAACUGUUCUUCUGAUCAAAUACAUAUAUCUCUCCAUAAAAAUGUUUUUAACUGAAGCCAGAUUAUAUUUUCUAAAGUAAAUUUUGAGGACAGCCAUUUCAGUAGAACAGACAUACAUACGUAAGACAACCACUAAAGAAUAUGAAAUGACUGCUCAUAACUUAUACUGGUAUUUUCAAUGCAAUGUUAUAGUAUAUCAAAUAAUGUGAAAUCUUCCACCACUUUGCAUUGCAAAAUGUUUGUGAUUAAUUCUCUGAACAACCUUUGAGGUGUAUAGCAACAAAAACGGUAUUUCUCUCUGUAUGUGGAUUUUCUGAGUCCUGUGUCACUGACCUAACCUUGCACCUUGCUUUUGUUUGACCAGGGUGGUGCCUCGCUUUUUUGCUUUGAAUUGUUGAGGGAUGGGUUUUGCUUGGUUUACUUAUAAUGUGGUUCAUUUAUGUGGUGGUUUUGCAAAUUUGAUAUAAACAAGACAUUGCUUUUAUUAUUAUCCUGUCCUGCUGUUAUUUGAAGUUUGUUUUAACUGAUGAGGGUUCUCUACAAAAAAGUUGACUUAUCGGAGCAUGUAUGUAUGCUUUCAUUUUAUAUUAGUAGCUAGUAAAUAGGAAAUGUGUAGUUAUUGGAUCUGAGGAUUUUGUUUUUAUUUCUAUCUGCCAUACUUACCUGCUACUGUUUCCUAAAUGCUAGUUACUAAGCAUGUACAAAGAAUGUGCACAUUAUCCUGAUAUAAUGUACCAAGUACUGUAAUUUCACAUGGCUUUGAAUAUCGUCUCGAACAUGUAAAUGUUUCUACACGUGAAGAGGUUUGAAGACGUUUGGCACUGACAGAAGUGUGAGAAAUUGUUUUUACCCUUGUUGUUACAGUUUAAACCAACACAUUCUGACCCCUAUCUUCCACUUUACAUCCUUUUCCGUAUGUGUUCAAACCCUUUCACAUGAUAUAUUUUGAGUUUAUUCCUUGUUUCAAUUGUAGCAUAUGCGUUUGUAAAGUAUACAUCCUCUGUUUUAUUAAAUGUGGGUGAAAUAAUUGUUGUUGGAGAAGAAGAAAAAAUUAUUUGUACAAAAACAGAUUAUUAAAAACGUUAUGGUUCUUUUAUUGGUUGACAAUUCAAAUGCCUGUGGUCCAACUUUAAUCUUCUAUCAAGUUCAUGAAGUUCCUUCUGUGAAGGAGUUUUGUGAGGGAUCUAGCAAUACUAAACGUUGUUACAUUAAAACUUACGUAGACCAA